CAAUCGCAGUAAGAUGGCGCUGUCUGGCGGGGUGGACAGAGGAUCCCACAGCAUGGAUAAGAGCAUUACACUCCCCCCAGAUGAAAUUUUCCGCAAUUUAGAGAACGCCAAGAGGUUCGCUAUAGAUAUAGGUGGCUCCUUGACAAAACUGGCAUAUUAUUCCACUGUUCAGCAUAAAGUUGCCAAAGUCAGGUCGUUUGAUCAUUCAGCGAAGGUAAGCUGGAAGGAAACAGAUGGAGACCCUCUUUAUGAAAUAUCUGUGCAGGAGGAGAUCACUGCCCGUCUUCACUUUAUCAAGUUUGAGAAUGCUUACAUUGAAACCUGCCUAGAUUUCAUUAAAGACCACCUGGUCAACACAGAAACCAAAGUCAUCAAAGCAACUGGUGGAGGGGCACACAAGUUCAAGGACCUGAUUGAGAAGAAGUUAAAGCUAAAAGUGGACAAAGAGGAUGAAAUGACUUGUCUGAUCAAGGGAUGCAACUUUGUUCUGAAGAAUAUUCCCCAUGAAGCUUUUGUGUAUGCCAAACAUGCUGAUUCUGAAUUCCGGUUCCAGAAUACACAUCCGGACAUUUUCCCAUACCUGCUUAUAAAUAUUGGCUCUGGAGUCUCCAUAGUAAAGGUUGAAGCAGAGGACAAAUUUGAGCGUAUUGGUGGCAGUUCUAUAGGUGGUGGCACAUUUUGGGGUCUUGGAGCUUUACUUACAAAAACCAAGAGGUUUGAUGAGCUUUUGCAGUUAGCAUCUAAAGGACAACACACAAAUGUGGAUAUGCUUGUUAAAGACAUCUAUGGAGGUGCUUAUGGGUCCCUGGGAUUAACUGGUGACCUCAUUGCAAGUAGCUUUGGGAAAUCAGCCACCACAGACAAAGAUUUCUCUAAAGAAGACAUGGCAAAGAGCCUACUGCACAUGAUAAGCAAUGACAUUGGACAGCUUGCCUGUCUCUAUGCCAAAUUGCACAACCUCACCAGAGUCUAUUUUGGAGGAUUUUUCAUUCGAGGACAUCCCGUUACCAUGCACACCAUCACCUAUAGCAUCAAUUUCUUCACUAAGGGAGAGGUCCAGGCUUUAUUUCUAAGACAUGAAGGAUAUCUUGGUGCUAUUGGGGCCUUUUUAAAGGGUGCAGAAGAAGACAAUCCUAACCAGUACAGCUGGGGGGAGAACUAUGCUGGUAGCUCUGGUCUCAUGAGUGUAUCUCCAGAGCUGAAUCCUGUGCAGCGGGCUCGUAGUGGAACGUUUCCAUUUGACAUGUUGGAGAUGGACCGUCUAGAGAGGCAGCUAGUCAACCUCCCCCUGCUGCAAGACCCAACCUCUUAUAUUCCAGACACGGUGGACCUGACUGAGGAUGCAUUGGCUCGGGAGUACUGGCUCUACUGCUUUGAGGAGGCAUUGGAUGGGGUGGUAAAACGAGCCAUAGCUAGCCAGAAAGAUCAACCAGAGGCUGUGGAAAGGGCGGAGAAGUUUCGUCAGAAAUACCGCCAUAAACUCCAGACUCUUCGGCACCAACCUUUUGCUUAUGGAUCCCUCACCGUCCGAAGUCUUUUAGACACAAGAGAACACUGUUUAAACGAGUUCAACUUUCCUGACCCCUACUCUAAGAUUAAGCAGAAGGAGAAUGACAUGGCACUGAAAUACUAUCUAAAAGUAGUGAAGUCAGUAGAGGAGCUGAGCUGGGAACAGAGACAGUUCACUUUGGUAAAAGGCCUACUGGCUGGCAAUGUUUUUGACUGGGGAGCCAAAGCCGUGUCAGACGUGCUUGAAUCUGAUCCAGAGUUUGGGUUUGAACAAGCAAAACAGCAAUUACAAGAGAGGCCAUGGCUUGUGGAUUCCUACAACCAGUGGCUUGAGAGACUGAAGGGUCCUCCUCAUAAAUGUGCAUUAUUUUUCGUAGAUAAUAGUGGAAUAGACAUUAUUCUUGGGGUUUUCCCUUUCAUUAGAGAACUUCUCAUCAGAGGCACAGAGGUUGUUCUUGCCAGUAACUCAGGCCCUGCCCUCAAUGACGUCACUAACAGUGAGCUGCAGAUCCUUACGGAGAGAAUAGCUGCCAUGGACCCUGUCAUCCACACUGCACUUAAAGAAGACAGACUUGCUUUGGUACAGAAUGGUUCUAGUUCUCCUUGUUUAGACCUGAGUCGCUUGGACAAAGUUUUGGCCACAGUCGUCAGGGAGCGUGGCACAGAUUUGGUGAUCAUUGAAGGAAUGGGUCGGGCCAUCCACACCAACUACUACGCCAUGCUCAGCUGCGAGAGCCUUAAACUAGCUGUCAUAAAGAACUCCUGGCUGGCCGAGCGUCUUGGAGGCAAGAUCUUCAGUGUAGUCUUCAAAUACGAGCUCCCUUCCAAAGUCCAAGGGCAACAUUAGGGAAAUUAAGAGGCUUUUAGAGCUAGAGCUGAAAGAAAAUAGCACUACCAAGGGUCUUCAGUGCUUUUUCCUAAAAUUGACAUAAUGAUUGUAUUUGAGGUUUUCUUUUGCUCUUAAUUAACUUUUUUUUUUUUUUUUUUUUUUAAAUCAAGAUCAAUAUUAAGGUGGCAGUCAUGUGUGCCUGCUCUGAAAUUGAAUGUGCACGUCGGCUGUAGCCUCCCUCAUAACAAUUGGUUGACAGCUGCAGGUGCUCUUUUUUUUAUUUUUAUUUUUAUUUUUUAUUCUUCUCAGACCAGAUUGCUGAUAGAUACAAUUCUUUAUGGUUUGCAAUGAAAAAUAUAACAUUUAUGAACGGUUUUGAAUUAGUCCUAGUAAUGAGGUCUUACACGUUUCCCCUGCUAGAUUUAACAAUAUAUUUAGAUGUAUAAACCUCAGUUUAUUAAAUGUGGAUCUUUCUUUUGAAACAUUGAAAACAUCACAGUUUUUUCCCUUAUUUCGUCUUUUUAAAUGAACAUAUUUGUGUAUUUCCAUUUUUUUUAGCAAAAUAAUCUGCUUUCAAAUGAAGCUAGUAUGUUUCUAAUUUCACUCACUGCAUUUGUUUCUGCUGUAUUGAAUCAUAUCUCACCCUUCUGGCAUUGUCUUUUAAUGACUAGCACCUCUGUUCCCAUGACAACAUUUCAUGGUGACAAUGAUUUUGUUAUUUUAAUGCAUUAGCAAUGGUGACCCAACAGAAGUGAAUAACAAAAGCUUCUUGAAAAAAACAGAAUACUUGGCCUUUGAGUAACAGUUUGUGUUCUUAGUUUUAGUUCUAUUGGUUUUGUUUUGUAUGGCCACUCUCCAGAUGUAAUAAAAAGUAAUGUAACGUUUAGGACAUAUUGAAAUAUAAAGAGGAAAAAAGGCAAUUUUAUAAUUGGUUAUGCAACAUUUAACACUAGAUGUCAGUAUUGUAUUAUAAUUAGUUCAAAACAGUUACCUUUCUUGCUAAAGGCAGAUGGUAUUGUGAAAUAAUUUUUUUUUGUUGUGUUAUUUGUCAGGUGCUCAGUAAGAAAAAUGAAAGGGAACAGAGCCUGCAAUGCCUGCUUCAGAUGUUGUACCAUUAUAUUGUAAUGCAUUUGUCCUCAAGUCUGAUGCAGGUCUCACUCUUUGUCAUCUGUGGAAAUCUUUGUAAUCUAAAAUCCAUUUCAGGGUUCUACAGCACAGCAUUGCCUCACUAUCACAGCUCUUUCUGAUUGAGACCGUCACACCGUUUGUGUGAGUGUUUGUGUGAAUACGAAAAAUUUCAAAUGUUUGUGACAAUGUAUAAAAACAGUGAUUAGUUUGUGAGAACUAAACUUUAAAGCACAGUAUUUCAGGGCUCUGUUAUAGAGUAAGAAGCAUGUUAACUGCUUUUUUUCAUUCUGGUUUGAUUGAUUUGGUUCUCUCAAUGUAUCUUAUAUGUUGAUGUUGUGUGUGUGGUCCAGACAAACAAAAUGGUCAUACAGAUUGACAGUACAUGUAUUUUCAGUAUUUUAAAAACAGUGUGUGCGACAUCAUUCUGACUAAAGGUGUUAGAUGAACGUUCAAGAAUAUUUACUUUCAAGAGUCAUUCAUUUGGGAGGUAGCUUUGAAAUAUGCUCGUCACAGAUGUUGAGAAAACAAGGAUCUCUCUCAGUCGAAAGCUGUUUGUACAGUCCUCAUUUAUCAUUUAGCCAUACAUACUUUACUAAAGCGUUAACUCUGUGAAAUUUUGUAAAAUCAAUUGUAAAUAUAACGUAAACCUGUACAUAGAAUGUACUGUUUAUUUGCAUAUCUUGAUGCAUUCUCAAGUUUAUAGAAAAAAAAAUAUGCUCACUUGACAAUCAUAUAUAAUUCUAUGUCAAAUAUAUUUUACACUGUCUUCA